AAAUAGACGAUCACGUGACUAAACAAGAUGGCGGAGCAGGAUGUUACUGUACGAGGCUAUGUACAGACAACAUUAUAUACAGGUGUAGCCUUAUUUGUCGGAUAUUUUAUUUUUAAACGACGGAUCAAUCGCUGGAGAUUGCGUUUCUUUGCCUGGUUACUAGCGAGACUUGGUUGUAAGAGUAAUAAGGUUUUUGGUGAACAUAAAAAGAAGUUGUUCCAUUCCAUGGACAAAUUGAAGACCACGGUGGGUCCAUUGAAAGCUCUUGAGAUUGGAGCUGGGGGAGGUGUCAACUUUAAGUUUUAUCCCUCGGGGACGAAAGUCACCUGUCUUGACCCUAACCCGUACUUUGAAUCGUACGCCGAGAACAAUGCUGAGGACAAUCGAGGGGUGGAAAUGGCUGGUUUCCUCCAGUCUUUCGCCGAGAACAUGGCUGAGGUGUCGGAUUGCAGUUAUGAUGUCGUAGUCAGUACAUUAGUGUUAUGCUCAGUAAGAGAUCCGAAUCGUGUCCUGAAGGAGGUGAAGCGGGUUCUCAAACAUAAUGGUAAAUUCUAUUUCCUGGACCAUGUGCGUGCACCCAAAAGAAGCAUCCUUUAUUUCUUUCAACGUCUGAUGUCACCAUUUUGGCGUGUGAUUGGCGACGGAUGUGAAUUGACUAGGGACAUAGGAACUACAGUAAAGGAAGCCGGAUUUAAAUCACUAGAUAUGCGACAUUUCACAGCUAAAACAAAGAUGUUACUUAUCAGCCCCUGCUGUAUGGGUAUUGCCACCAAAUAGUAGGAAAGGACUACAAGACACAGGGAUUUGUCUGUAUAUAUUCCUGUCUGUAGAUCUAUAAGAUACAGUUUACAAGACACAGGGAUUUGUCAGUAUAUAUUCCUUUCUCUAGAACUAUAAGACACAGGGAAAUGUCUAUAUAUAUAUAUAUAUUCCUGCCUAUAGAUCUAUAGUCUGUAAGACAAAAUGGCAUUAUUUUGCCCACUUAACAAUGUGCUACAAAAUUAUUAAUCUCUGUGAUAUUUGUAGAUUUUUAAAACUGAAUUAAUUUUAAUCCUCCUGAUGCAUACAUUGGUUAAUACUUUGUUUUUUUAGAGUAUCUUAGAAUAUUUUAAUUUUUCUAUACAAGUUUGCCCGUCAUGAUAAUGACAUCCCCUCACUAUGGACUGUGUGCCAGGUAUAGUAAGGUAUCGUUUUGUAUUAUUUUACUGUGUGUUUUCUGUAUUAAGUGUUUUCUAAUCAGGAUUUUAAAAGUAAAAUAACAUUUUUAUUCUACUUUUAGUGUUGACUUUGACAGGUAUAAAUGUAUUUUUAAACAGUAACUCUUUUAGAAAUAUAUACUGUGUUUGUUUUAUAUAAUGUGUUUGUUUUUAUAUGGAGAGAAUAUAAUUAAAACUUUUUUAAAUCACAAAGAUUAUUCAAAAGUUUAAACAUUUGUCAAUCAAUUCUAUUACCUAAUCAAAAAUUGAAAUAAUUUGGUUUAAAUUAAAUGAAUGAGUAAAGAAAUGGAAAAUAUAGACUUGCUUAGAUUGAUAAUAAAGAAUAAUAUAAUAUGUAUGCUGAUUUUAAUUGUAUUAGAUAAUUAUAUUUUUUAUUUUGAAUUUUUUGUGUAAUUUAAUGAUCACUUAUGUAUUGUUAAUAUUUUUCAGUAUUAUUUAGGGAAUUGUUUCAACAUCAUUAGAUUUUUCUUAUCAAGUUUAUAUUAAAAAUAAUCUUAAAUGUCAACAAAUUGUUCUUUAAGGGAGACAACUCUAGCUGUCUUGGAGAUUGGUAGUUGAAUUACUGUAUAAACGUGUUAUUACAGGUAUUUAAAAUAGCUUGGUAUAAUUUUUUGGCAGUGCAUAAUAUGAAUAUAAUAAGAAAACACCUACAUCAUGUGUGUCCUACAAAAAACACUAGUACAAGUUUUUCUGACUAGACUUUAAUGAAGUAAUUUCCUUUGAUAACCCUGUGGCCUAUAUUUUUUUUCACCUGAAAGUUACUAUUGUGGUAAAAUAAUGAAGCUGGUUAUACAUUUAUCUGCAUUUCUUUUAUAUAGAUUUUGUACAAAUGCAGAUUAUUUCAUCAUAUGCACACAAAUGUUAGAUGCAUGAUGGAUGUAAAUAUAUAACACUAUUACAAAUUCUCUUUAUUGUUUAUAUUCAGAUAUUAAAAUUGACACAACAUAUUUAUAGCAGUAUAUAGUCUCUAAUUACUUAAUCUGGACAAUCAUGUCGGAAACAGCAAUGUUAGGCGAAACUGUGUAAUUGGUGUCUGUUUUAUAACUCAUGGUGACAACUUUUAUGCAUGAAAUUCCUUUUUUAUCUAUUUAUUUCAUUUUUUGAUGUUUCUACCCAUCAUAAGGAGGCAUUGUUUUAUCAACGUGUAUUUUUAUGUUAGAGUGAGAGAUUUGUUUGUAGUGUAAAUUUAUUGGGAGUGUAACCGAUUGUAAUAUGCAUGUUUCAAGUCAUGAAUAUUCAUGGGAAAACAUUUUCACUUUCAAAUACAUUGUACAUUAUUGAUAUUAAAAAAUGCAUGUUUACACAAAUGAUUAGAGUAUGGUGAUAUAUAUUUUUAACAGCAUUUUUUUGUGUUGUAGUGACACCAAUGUCUAUUUUUAUGAUAAAUUUAUACGAUAAAGGUUAUCUACCAUUAAGGUGAUGUCCUGUAUGUGUAUGUAGAGUUUACUCCCUGUAUCUGUAUGUAGAGUUAUCUCCCUGUAUGUGUAUGUAGAGUUAUAUCCCCAUAUGUGUAUGUAGAGUUAUC